UAGGCCUUCUGAGAGGAACCUUUCCUAACAGGAAACCUUCUCUAGUCAAUCAGCGGAAAGCUUCGAAUAGUGUUUCUGUUGAGUGUUUCGCUUUUCCGAUUCGGUGUUGGGAAACCUUGGAGAGGAGCGCAAGUUUCUUUUUGAUGCGCUGCUGAUGCCCUGAACUAUCUUCUGUCUGUUGUUUAUGUGCUGUGACGACCGAGAAAUCCGAGGAUUAUUUGGAUUAAAAUUGUGCUUUUCUCUCUAGGACGUGUGAAGCGGACUCUGGAGAAUUGAAUUUUGGAUAAUCUUUUCUGAUUGGUCUCCAUGAUGGUCGAAGGAUGCGCCAAAGGGGUGAAAUAUGGCCUCUUAGUAGCCAACUUCGUCAUUUUGUUCGGUGGAAUCGUCGUAUUCAGUGUCGGAAUAUGGACUCUGGCCGAUCGAUCGUUCAUGGAAAGGCUAUUGGGCAGCGAUCUCUACGUCAGCUCCGCAUCUAUUCUCAUUGCUACGGGCAUAAUUGUCUCUAUCAUAUCUUUCCUUGGCUUCCUUGGAGCGAUUAAAGAAAUUAAGUGCAUGCUGCUAACGUUUUUCAUCAUUCUUUUCAUGAUAUUUGUUACGAUGCUGGUUGGCGGAAUAUUGGGAUAUGUCUUCCGAAGUGAGGUGGCUGAAAGAAUGCACACAGAAAUGCUAAUGACCAUCAAAUUAUAUCAAAAUGAUACUCAAGUCACUGAUGCGUGGGAUGCAGUACAAACUAAUUUCAAAUGCUGUGGAAUGUCAAUUGACAAAAGUCCAGGAUAUGAAGUAUGGUCAAAACGCAAUCCUCAUUUUGGGGGUAUUUAUAAAAUACCAGCUACUUGCUGCAAGACCAAAGAUGACGGACUUCGAGAUCGAUGCCAGAAAGACCCCACAGAAAACAACGCAUAUUUAGAGGGCUGUUAUGAAAAAAUGAAAGAUUUUGUGGAAAAACAUGCCAAAAUCGUUGGAGGAAUAGGAGUUGGAAUAGCUUGCUUAUUACUGGUGGGCAUGGCAUUGUCAUGUGCAUUGUUUUGGCUUAUCAAGUAAAUAUUCCGCUUGAAGACAUCACAUUGCAUUUAUGCAGAAAAAGAAGUCAGUGUGGAAUGCUUCAUAAUUUAUGACUCCCUUCCGUCUUCAAGCAGCCAUCCGUAAAAUGAAAUUUCAUACAGUAUUCAAUAUUUAUUGUUGACAAGUCCAUUUCUGAUACUCUGAUUACAAUAUUUUGUACAUACAUGCAAAUCAAGUUUAAAAAUAUUCGUGUUAUUCAUGUUAUGAAAUGGGUCCAAAUUGUAUUUUUACUUUCAUAUUUCAUAAUAGAAAUGAAAGUUUCAAUCACAUACAAACACAUUAGGCAACUUCAUACUACAUUAAUGUUCAUACAAAUUUUGGAUAGGCUUGAAACGUUAGAGUAACAAGAAAUGGACUUGGGAAUUUUUUGUAGUAGUGUAUCCUGUAGCUGAAGAGCUCGGCCGAAAAUGAAAUAAAUGUUCGCAUUCUACGUUUUUAAAUUGCUUAGCUUUCAAUAUACUUGCAGGACCCACAAUUCAUUUUGUACCAAAACAUUGUAUAGAAAUAUAUAACAAAUAACUCAUUUCAUCUCUGUGUGGUAUUAAAUAUAAUCAACUUCAUUUUGUAUAAAUUUUACGAUCAGAAGCUGUUUACAGUUGAAAAGUUUAUCAAUGUUGACUUUUGACUUUGAAGGAAUACUAACUCUUGUUUUCAGACAAGUUCUUCAGUUUUUACCCAUAAAAGUGCCUUUUUUAAAACCAAAACCCUAUGGCCACUUUCAUUUAUCUUUACCCUUCAGCUUUUAUCAUUUAGAAGUGAGAAAAUACAAAUGAAGAAAGAAGCAAGUAGCUUAUUAAAUAGUAAAAAUGCUACUCAUCUGCAGAUAAAAACAGUUAUGCUGCAUUUGCUUGCGGACCACACUAUUUGCAUUAUAAUUUAAUGAAUAUUGUGCUACUUUAAAGCAAAAACCAUUUUACACUUUUCUUCACAUUUCAUACUUAAGUCUUUUCCUGAAUUUACCAAAUAAACUUGAUAAAUGGUUUAUUUACUGAAAUGGUCCUUCAAGUAUUUAAGUCCGGCCACUAAGCAUUUUUGAAGCACGAAAGUUAUCAGAAAGAAUUAUAUUCAUGUUGUAGUAGGUUGUAGAUGUGAGAAAGACAAACAUGCUCUUAGAUGGAAAGAUAUGUGUUUCAGAUGUUUGCAGUUUGAUGCAGUGAUUAAUUAGCUUGAAGUUUAAUAAUUGCUGGAGUUCCUUCGAGUAAGUUGCAUCAAAUAGACAAUUCACGAAAACACGUCCUCUAGUUUCAUAUCAUUUCCUUAAGAAACCAUGGACUGCAUUUCAACUGUAUAUAUUAAAUAUCUAAAACAAAGCAAUGUUUGUCUUUCCUGUAUUUAAAUUUGUUUUUAUUCCUCUGAUAUUGUAGUGUACUUUGCUACAAUUCUAAUUUAUUGCUCAGUGAAAACAUUUGUUUUGCACUCUUUGAAUAUGCAGUCAGUUCAAAGUAGCAAUAUUUUAAAGCUUCAUAUGUUAACUUAGAUUUAUGUGUAUAGCUCUCAACUUGGAGAUUGUAACCAAAUGACUUUAUUACAAAUCAUAGCAGUUUGAACAUUAAACUUGAUAAGUUAAUUUCUACUGGAUAUGUUAUGUGUACAGACAAAAUAAAAAUAGAAUCAAAAAUUAAUCAAAGAAUGCAAAUCAUACCCAGUGCACUAACUACAGUGUGUUUUUAAGAAUAUUGAAAUGUUUACUUUAUACAUUUUUUUAAGUUGAUUAUACUAGGAUUUUAUAUGUAUAUGUUUCCCAUUAACUAGCUAUUUGUAAUGUUAAAAUGCACAAUCUUUAGAAGAAACACCUAAUUUAUUAUCUGAUUAUCUUGUUAUCUGUUAUCAUUUGAGUGUAAAUUAAAAGAUUUUACUACAAGUC